AUGGCCUCUCGAUCCCGUCUGCGUCUGCUCUCUGCCCUUCGGGCCCCUGUGUCCACACGCCGCUUUGCGACCGAGUCGCGGUUAGCCUCGGAUCAUGUUCGCAUUGUCGAGGUCGGUCCUCGCGAUGGCCUGCAGAAUGAAAAAAAGGCAAUUUCGAAAGAGACAAAGCUGGACUUGAUUCAGAGACUGGCGAAGACUGGCGUAACCACUAUCGAAGCGGGCUCGUUUGUCCCGGCGAAAUGGGUACCACAGAUGGCAAGCACAGCUGAGAUCUGCGAGCAUCUUUUUACAUCACCUCCUCCAUCUCAGAACACUAAAAUUGCAUACAACUAUCUUGUCCCCAACAUCAAGGGGCUCGAGAACCUCGUGAAAAUCAUGGACAGCACGGGGGUUCCGGCCGACUCGCCCGGUUCGGAGUCGAAGGCUGCUACAACUACCGAGGUUUCUCUUUUUGCGGCCGCCACCGAGGCUUUCUCCAAGGCUAAUACCAACUGUACGAUUGCUGAAUCACUGGAGCGCAUUAAGCCGAUCGUUGCAUUGGCUAAGACCAAGGAUAUUCGGGUUCGUGGGUAUGUUUCGGUUGCUCUUGGUUGCCCCUAUGAAGGACCCGAGGUCAGCCCAUCCAAGGUAGCGGAAAUUACAGCGACUCUGCUGGAGAUGGGUGCCGACGAGGUUUCGGUGGCUGAUACCACGGGCAUGGGAACGGCACCGCGCACGAUGGAGCUUCUCCAAGCACUCAAGGCGGCUGGUAUCGCCAACACUGAUUUGGCACUGCAUUUCCACGACACCUACGGACAGGCGUUGGUGAACACAAUUGUCGGAUUGGAGCAUGGCGUUCGGAUCUUUGACAGCAGCGUUGGAGGAUUGGGUGGAUGCCCCUACUCCAAGGGCGCUACGGGCAAUGUCUCGACGGAAGACCUUAUCCACACCAUCCACAGCCUCGGAAUGCAUACCGGUAUUAGUUUGGAGGAGAUGUCACGGAUCGGGUCGUGGAUCAGUGGAGAGCUGGGACGAUCUAACGACAGCCGUGCCGGCAAGGCGACCCUGAGCCGGCUGUCGUAG